AUGACGACGAUUCUAAUUGACCGACUGUCUGAAGCAUACCGUCGAUCACCAGGGACGUCUUCAUCAACAACGCAACCCUCGGAUUCCCAUGAGUCGAAUGCGAAGCGAGGAAAUUGCGUGUCUGUUCGGCCUUGUUGGUACUAUUGCAUGGCCUGUGCCUUCUCCAAGACUAUUGCUAGCUUCAACGGGUCGCCACCUCGACCUUCGAGUCGAUUAAUCCAUCGAUCAGUUGGGCUCAAGGCUGUGAGGGAGAACUUAGUAUCGCAGCGGUCUCCUGCGGAGACUCUUGGUGUCGCAGAUGUCCCUGCGGAGACUCUUGGUGUCGUAGAUGUCCCUACGGAGACUCUUGGUGUCGUAGAUGUCCCUACGGAGACUCUUGGUGUCGUAGAUGUCCCUACGGAGACUCUUGGUGUCGUAGAUGUCCCUACGGAGACUCUUGGUGUCGCAGAUGUCCCUGCGGAGACUCUUGGUGUCGUAGAUGUCCCUACGGAGACUCUUGGUGUCGUAGAUGUCCCUACGGAGACUCUUGGUGUCGUAGAUGUCCCUACGGAGACUCUUGGUGUCGCAGAUGUCCCUGCGGAGACUCUUGGUGUCGUAGAUGUCCCUACGGAGACUCUUGGUGUCGCAGAUGUCCCUGCGGAGACUCUUGGUGUCGUAGAUGUCCCUACGGAGACUCUUGGUGUCGCAGAUGUCCCUGCGGAGACUCUUGGUGUCGCAGAUGUCCCUGCGGAGAACUUGGUAAUGCAGCGGUCUCCUGCAGAGAACUUGUUAACGCAGCGGUCUCCUGCGGAGUUCACUUGGUAA